AUGGUCGCGCAGCACGUGGCCCGGCUGGGGAGCGACGAUGCGCUCGCAGAUGUCACGCCAUCGACGUCGACGACGGAGCUCAAACAGCUGCUCGAGCUCGCCUCCGGGCUCACGCACGAGGUGCUGCGCUUCCGGCUGACGCUGGUGGAUGGCACAACGAUCGACUUGCGCACGGGCCGAUCCGCCACGAUGGCUACCCUCCUGCGUCUGAUUCAGCGCGAAAUCGCAACGACGACGUGGUCGCUUUCGUGGAAGAGCGUGCUCAAGGCCCACGAGCUACGCUGCAAUGGCACACCGCUGGUCGCCCCAGCCAAGCAGGCCGCGCUCUCCACGUACCCUAUGGUGCACGUAAAUGGCAUCAACGAGCUCGUGUUCCAGCGCCAUGUCCAGCGCCGACGCGAGAAGCGAAAAUAA